AUUUCCUCAACAACAAAUCAAAUGUAACUCGUUCGUGAUAAACUCUAGUCUCAGCUAGACAAGGCGUUAUGGCGUCAUGCUUCAGAAUUCGUUACAAUGUGUCAAAACGGACGGCACGUAAUGACGAGGACUGUACACCAAAGCCUGUCUGCAAAUUUGGAUCCUUAAAGUGUACAUCGGCUUCAUCUCUGUUGCUUAAGAUGGGAAAGUCAAAUCCUCGCUUCGGAAAAUGGAUAUCAAAUGAUACCUACGGUACAUGUGGAUGUGAACCAGAUCGACAUAAUUCCUCACAACCAUCUCCCACGUUCUGGAUGACGAAAGGAGAGACACCGACUACAGUUACUAAACCAAAACACCGGCAUCACAAGUCAAGUCGUAAGCAAGUUAAAGAUGUCGCAAGCGGUCGUUGCGCUGAGGAUGCUGGCAAUGCUGUCACAAACAAUAAGACAAGUCUCAACAGUCGGUCCGUGCAAGGCAGCUCUGGUUCCGUUCCGAGGAGCAGAGAUUCGGACAAGGAGGACUGUAUCACUAGGCAGUCCACACAAAGCGUGUCAUUUUCUCAGUCACAGAACACAGGCUCCGAUGACAGUUUAGACUCCGUUUUUGAGUCUCAAAAUGAUUUCAGUCAGUUCCCGGCUCACACGUCCGGCUGGUCAAACAUGAACACAGACAUUUAUAUCACGCCCGUGCAGAGGACGCUGCCACGGUGUUGCCCACCAAAGGGAGUCUGUGUGGCAGGGGACACAGACAAAGAUAUCAAGAUCCUAAAUAAACCAGAAGGUUUGAAACAAACAUUGGAGCCGUCAUUUGCAAACAUUGUGAACAGUCCCGUCAUAAAGCUGUCUGUGGACAGCCCACCCAGGCCUGGUCUUCGUGCAGCUCCAUCAGACGCUGAGUGUUCCCCUCCGCAGGAGGACGUUGAUCUCAACCAACUCGAUCUCGCAGCUUUGGGCAAGAGGAUCUCGAGUCUCAACUCACCACGUACUGUCAAUGAUAUGAAUCCCGACAAUGUACCACCAUUACACGUGCAUAGAGAGGAAGAAGUGAAAAUAUUGUCUCGGGAAUUUCAAGAUUGUCCAAAACAUCGGGCCUUAGAUAUUCCGAGUCUGCCACCUCGGCACAAACAUUUCCCAGUACAAGUCAGUACUCCCAGGCCGUGUAUAACUCCAUACUAUGUUAACUUCAGGGGAACUCUGCAGUCUAGAAACCAUUUGGGCUGAUCGACAUUUCAAAUCUACUAGAGCCGAACAGUUCACAACAUGGCAACUUAUUUGGCCGAGUCUGUUACCUAAUAUCUGUUUAGGUUUUCUCUUUUUGUAAAAGAUAGGUCAUAUCGUUCGCCUGAGUAUUAAAGACGUAUACUUGAAAUUGUUUGAAAUAUAGCUAGUUACGUCAUGUAACAAUUUCCGUAUAAACUAAUUCUAGUGUUUACUUUAACGAAACUUGUUAAGUUGUUACCAUCCGGUCAGAAUAACUAGCACAAAAUUCACUAAUAGUCAUCUAUGUUUGCCUGAUUGUCCAUAUGUAAAUCGUUAGUUUAUUUUGGUACAUAUCAGCUGCUGCUGAUAGAAUGCCUAUUGAUAUCAUGUAAAUAAUACUUGUAUAUCUCAAAUUAAAUCUAAAUGUCAUUA